AUGUUUCCUCCAGUGGAAUUAAAGAUAUAUAUGAGUAAUACCGAUUGGGAUCCUGCGGAAAAUUGCUUGACGCUGUUGUGGGGUUUAUCAACUAGAGAAGACAUGCAAGACAAGGACUUUAUCAGGGCUUCAAAAGAAAUGUCAGGAACUUUUCACAGUUUCUUGAUUCUUUGCUCUCGAAAAGGUAAGGAUUGGCUUCCUCCUGUCAUUUUGGGGCGGUUGAAUGAACGUUUUCAAGAAGAAGUCUUCCUCGCCGGUUUUCCCUGUUUCUGCGUUUUGAUCAAAUUAUGUGAGAUAGCUUCAGGCUUGGCAUCAACUGAGGAUCUAAGGGGUUCUUACUUGCCGAAAUUGCCUUCGAUGCAUGGCUUACAAACCGUCACCUCCACCGGCUCGUCCCGAGCCAAAGACGAUUUCUUCGUAAGCAAAAGGAAGAGAAAGAAGCUUCACUUUUGUAAGAUUUCUUUCAUGGAUGUCACCAAUGUUUAA